ACUCCGCCGCCUCUCCGCUCAUUACGGUUGUUUACAAAGUGGCGGAUGGCAGCCCAUAACGUCACACCUCGAACAAACUGCAGUGAUCUCUGGAUUAUCCAAACUGGAAUAUAACCUGUAGGGUAAAAUGGCGUUACCAUGGAGAUGUACGAGACGCUAGGCAUCAUGGGAGAGGGGAGCUACGGCCGGGUUCUGAAGUGUCGACAGAGGGCCACGGGUCGGCUGGUGGCGGUGAAGAAGUUUAUAGACUCAGACCAUGACCCCGGUGUGAGGAGAACCGCUCAGAGAGAGAUCCACAUACUGAGGGGUCUUCGCCAUGACAACCUGGUGAUGCUAUUGGACGCCUGGCGGUAUCGGCGGCGCUGGUAUCUGGUGUUCGAGUUUGUGGAGCGGACGGUCCUGGAAGACCUGGAGCAGAACCCUGGUGGACUGGAUCCAGGGCUGGCCAAGCAGUACCUCUAUCAGAUCCUGUCUGCCCUCGCCUUCUGUCACCAGAACAACGUCAUCCACCGCGACAUCAAACCGGAGAACAUUCUGGUUUCGCCGGGGGGCGUGGCCAAGCUGUGUGACUUUGGGUUUGCCCGCCGUGUGGCCGCGGCCUCUGGGGGGAGGGGCGGGUACACGGACUAUGUAGCGACACGCUGGUACCGCGCCCCUGAACUGCUGGUGGGAGACUCGCACUACGGAAAACCAGUAGAUGUGUGGGCGGUGGGAUGUGUGUAUGUAGAGUUGGUGACAGGUCAUGCUCUGUUUCCUGGACACUCUGACCUGGACCAGCUGUACCGGCUGAUACGCUGCUUUGGAUGUUCUACAGAGCGACAGCAGCAGAUGUUCUACAGGAACCCUGCAUUCUCCGGUCUCCGGUUCCCUCACUGUGCCGCCAGAGAGCCUCUUGAUAGCAGGGACCCCAAGAUAAAACACGCCGUACUACAGCUGUUGCAGUUGUGUCUCCAUAUGGACCCAGAACUAAGAGCCCAGAGCUCCGAUCUACUGCACAACCCGAUGUUCACCACUAGGUUUGUGGAGGAGCUCUUGUCUAGGAUCCAGAAAGAGCGGGGAGACUGCUCUGUCCUGCCUGUCAGGAACGUCUCCCGGGGGGACAGAACGGAGAGAGAGGAGGGCAGGAGGACUGGACUGCACCAGGACCUGGGAAAACUCGAGGAGGUGGAAGAAGGGGACGAGAAGAUGAGGGUCAAACUGCGAAACAGGCUGAAUCAAAAACCCAGUAGACCCAGUCUAGAAGGAGAAGGGCUACUGGCCCCACCUUCAGGACCCGAACCCACGGCACCACGGCCAGGAGAGAAGGCUGGUAAGGGACUAUCUACACCCAGAGCAGGCGAGUCCAGGAAGAAUUUGGUCCUCUCCAAGCCAGUAAAAGCUCUGGUGUCGAGGGUUUGUUCUUUACCCUCCAUCUACAAGACCAGGAGAACCUGUGUCACACAUAGGAAACAGAAUUCUACACACAACAGACUGUUGGCAAUGCCAGCCAAAGACAGUUUGGAGUACCUCGCGACAACAGGCCUUUUAAAACCUCUGAGAUCUGCAGAGGUUGAAACAAUCCAGGAGCCAGAUGUUGCUUCAUCUUUGAAGCUUUCCCAAACAUCAAGAGACAGCGAGGUAGAAGCUAUGAAGGUCGAUCUCUAUUUAAAGCCAAGCAGAAAAGCUCCUACAGAUACACAGACAAGAGGACGGCCACCUUCCUCUGCUGCUUACGUUCUAACCUCUACCUCCGUUACCCCUUGCGCUACAAAGACACCUGGGGGCCGGGUGGUUCUGAAGCACUUCAUACUGGGCUCCACCUGUCCUCUAGAGACUCACACCUCCAUGGACCCUACCUCCUCAGAGAGUCCUAAGACCUCUCGCUCAUCCUCCCCGAAGGCUUCAGAAGGCCCUGAGACCUCAUCUACCCUGAAGUUUAGAGUAGGUCUAGAGACUGCAUCCUCCCUGAAUUCUCCACAAGGUCUAGAGACCGCAUCCUCCCUGAAGGCUCCAGAAGGACCUAAGACCUCAUUCUCCCUGAAGGCUCCAGAAGGACCUGACAGCUCAUUCUUCCCGAGGCUCCAGAAGAGUCCUAAGUACACAGUGCCCCUGCAGGAACCAUGACGUGAUGGACAUUCUUUCCAGAAACCUCUGGUGCAUUUCCAGCAGGGAUCUGACGACUGUCCCUGUAUUUGCACUACCACAAAUUAAAAAUGUACUUUCUGCUGGGUUUAUAGACCUGUGAGGAAACUGGUUUGAAACAUAGAUUAAGUUUAUUACGUUUUUUUAAAAAUAUUUUUUAGGUUGGUUCUUUCAGGGAACAAUACAUUAUUUUAAGUGCUUAAAUCAUACAAAACAAUGAAAAGAUUGUUUUUAUGCAUUUUAUCCUUGUGAAUUAACAAAUUCUUAAGAAAGGUUACUUUCUGCUUUGACAUUUCUGAUUAUCACCAGAGUAGCAGAGUGAAGGAACCCUAUAACAUUUCAUGUACCCUGCAUAAUACUAUAAUAAUAAUUAACUGUUGUAGGUACUGAAACAGAAAAUUAAAUAAACCAAGACUGAAAAACGAGCCUGCCCUGAACAAAGACCAAAAGUAGCCAAAACAAGACAAAAAAAUUAAGUAAACAAGACUUAAAAGUUUAAAACAAACCUAACCAAUAGUGAAAACGACCUUUAUCGAUACCAGAAACA